AUGCUCAGGACGUCCUUUGGUAGACCCCUUAGGAGGUCACUAGUCAGAUACUACGCUGAGCCCACACUUCAGAACACGUCGCCUACUGAACCCAAUCUCGAACAUACGUUAUCUCACAAGGAAUUGCGAGAACAAGCAAUAGCCGAAGCUCUAGCUAGGGAAGAAGAAGCCAUUCAAAAGUCAAAACAGAUUCGGGAAUUGACUGAGAAGUCCAAAGAACUCAUCAAUGUGUUGAACAAGACUCCAACUAACUUGAUGAGUGAACGUAUAGCUAAAUUGAAUACCGAUAUUUCCAAAAUCCCCAAGGAGAAAAUCAAACAACUUGACGAGGAGUUACGAGAAUACAUGACAAACAAUAUGCAUUUAACUGAUGAUGUUACUGCAAACAGACCCUGGGCUCAGAAGAACAACAGAAUUGGUGGUGGCAACAAAAGCUCCAAAAAUGACGAUUCAAAGGCGAAGGCUUCAUCAAUGACCAGUCAAUACACUGCACAAUUCCCCAAUUUGAAGCCCACUCCCGAUUACAAAGAUUACUCCGAACAAGAGCUUUAUUUGAGACUGCUCAAUCAUCUUAGAACCAGUGGGGCAUUAGGUUCCAAACUUGAAAACAUAUACAAGCCACAAAGAGACACAUCACAUCCCCCAAGUAUCAACCAAACCACCAUUUCCAACUUGAUGGCCGCCGGCUGUCAUCUUGGUCACGCCACCUCUUCAUUCAGAUCCAAUUUCCAACCAUUUGUAUACGGAACUUACAACGGGAUCCAUUUGAUUGAUUUAAAUCAAACCAUUUCUCAAUUGCAAACUGCAUGCAAAGUGAUUGAAGGUGUUAGUGAAAAAGGUGGUGUCAUACUAUUUGUCGGUACUCACAAGAACUGGUCCAUUCAGGAGUCAUUAGUUGCGGCAGCAGAUAGAUCCAAGGGUUACUAUGUCUCAAAGAGAUGGAUACCAGGUACAAUCACCAAUUACAUUGAAGUUUCAAGACAAAUCAAGGACCCUUCGAUGAAACAGCAGAUUGACAUGGAAAACAAGCCAAUCAACUCCCAAGUGACUUCGAACUCAAUCAUCAAGCCAGAUUUGGUGAUUUUGUUGAAUCCAGUCGAGAAUAGAAACUGUAUUAAAGAAUGUUUAUCAGCUUGCAUUCCAACUAUUGCGCUCUGUGAUACUGAUAUGGAGCCUAGUUUGAUCACGUAUCCAAUUCCUUGCAAUGAUGAAAAUGUCCGGUCGGUUAACUUGAUGCUUGGAAUCAUGUCCAAAGCAGCCGAAGCCGGAGUCAAAAAGAGAUUGGAUAUCAUCAAACAAUUGAAAGAGAGUGAAAGAGAGACUGAAAAGCAGCAAUUGCAAGGACAACAACAAGAUCCUUUUGAAGAAGCUGCCCUCAUUUGA